AUGCGUGCUCCCGAGCGCGGGAGAGCCGUGGCGGGCCUGCGAGGCGACGCCGUGGCCUGCCUUCUCUGGUCGCUGCUGCUGUGGCAUUGGGACCCCGGCUGCCGGGCCCAGAGGGCAGGUUGCAAGACUGUCCACUACGACCUGGUCUUCCUCUUGGACACCUCCUCCAGCGUGGGCAAGGAGGACUUUGAGAAGGUCCGGCAGUGGGUGGCCAACCUGGUGGACACCUUCGAGGUGGGCCCUGACCGCACGCGCGUGGGGGUCGUGCGCUACAGCGACCAGCCCACCACGGCCUUCGAGCUGGGCCUGUUCGGCUCGCGGGAGGCGGUCAAGGCGGCGGCUCGGCACCUGGCCUACCACGGCGGGAACACCAACACGGGCGACGCGCUGCGCUUCAUCACACGCCACAGCUUCUCCCCGCAGGCCGGCGGCCGCCCGGGGGACCAUGCCUUCAAGCAGGUGGCCAUCCUCCUGACCGACGGCCGUAGCCAGGACCUGGUGCUGGACGCUGCAGCUGCCGCCCACCGUGCGGGCAUCCGCAUCUUCGCCGUGGGCGUCGGGGAGGCGCUCAAGGAGGAGCUGGAGGAGAUCGCCUCCGAGCCCAAGUCCGCCCACGUCUUCCACGUGUCCGACUUCAACGCCAUCGACAAGAUCCGUGGCAAGCUGAGGCGCCGCCUGUGUGAAAACGUGCUGUGCCCCAGCGUCCGAGUGGAAGGAGACCGCUUUAAGCACACCAACGGUGAAACCAAGGAAAUCACAGGUUUUGACCUGAUGGAUCUGUUCAGUGUGAAGGAGAUCCUGGGGAGGAGAGAGAACGGGAUGCAGAGCUCCUAUGUCCGGAUGGGAUCCUUCCCUGUGGUGCAGAGGACAGAGGAUGUGUUCCCGGAAGGUUUGCCUGAUGAGUACGCUUUUGUCACCACCUUCCGCUUCCGGAAGACGUCUCGGAAAGAAGACUGGUAUAUCUGGCAGGUCAUCGACCAGUAUGGGAUCCCGCAGGUCUCCAUCCGGCUGGACGGCGAGAACAAGGCAGUUGAGUAUGAUGCCGUGGGUGCCGUGAAGGAUGCUGUCAGGGUGAUCUUCCGAGGCCCCCGGGUCAGUGACCUCUUUGACCGGGACUGGCACAAGAUCGCCCUGAGCAUCCAGGCCCAGAACGUUUCCUUGUACGCUGACUGUGCGCUGGUGCAGACGCUGCCCAUCGAGGAGAGGGAGAACAUCGACAUCCAGGGGAAGACAGUGAUCGGCAAGCGCCUUUACGACAGCGUGCCCAUCGAUUUUGACCUGCAGCAGAUUGUGAUUUAUUGUGACUCCAGACACGCAGAAUUGGAGACUUGCUGUGAUAUCCCCUUGGGCCCGUGCCAGGUGACCGUGCUGACGGAGACUUCACCCCUGCCCCAGCAGCCUCCCACUUCCGGCAGUGAACAGAUCGGGUUUUUGAAGGCCAUCAACUGCUCCUGCCCGGCUGGAGAAAAGGGCGAAAAGGGCUCUGAUGGCCCCGUGGGACUCCCCGGCCCAAAGGGAGACAUGGGAGCCACUGGGCUGGUUGGAGCUCCUGGACCCAAGGGAGAAAAAGGUGACAUGGGCAGAGGGCCUUUUGUCCAAGGAGAGAAGGGUGAAAAGGGUUCCCUGGGCCUGCCCGGUCCCCCUGGGAGAGACGGCAGCAAAGGCAUGCAGGGGGAACCAGGAGAGCCGGGGCUGCCUGGUGAGGUGGGCACGCGGGGAUUCCAAGGACCACCUGGACUCCCCGGGCCUCCUGGACACGUUGGAGCUCCUGGUCUCCAAGGAGAACGCGGUGAAAAGGGAGCCCGAGGAGAAAAGGGGGAGCGAGGCCCGGAUGGAUUCCCCGGGAAGCAUGGGGAGACGGGAGAGCAGGGGAGACCUGGCCCUCCUGGCGUGGCAGGACCCCAGGGAGAGAAGGGUGACGUGGGGCCCGCAGGACCUCCUGGUGUACCGGGCUCCGUGGUGCAGAGAGAGGGCCUGAAGGGCGAGCAGGGAGCUCCAGGACCACGGGGUCACCAGGGCCUACCUGGGCCACCAGGAGCUCCGGGUCUGAUGGGUCCUGGAGGCAAGGACGGACCUCCUGGUUUGCAAGGUCUCCGGGGGAGGAAAGGUGAAGUGGGCCCGCCAGGGUCCCCCGGAUUGCUGGGGCCACAGGGCCCUCCAGGACCACCUGGCGUCCCAGGCCCCCCUGGACCCGGAGGCCCCCCGGGUUUACCUGGAGAGAUCGGCUUCCCAGGAAAACCUGGGCACCCCGGGCCAACGGGCCCACCUGGAAAGGAUGGGCAGCAUGGAGCACCAGGCCUGCCGGGACCCAAGGGCCAGCCAGGAGAGAGAGGAGAAGGCGGUCUGCCUGGAAAACCUGGCCCUAGGGGAGAAGUUGGGGAGCAGGGCCUGGCGGGCCGACCUGGAGAGAAGGGAGAGGCUGGUCUCCCGGGAGCUCCAGGAUUCCUGGGCGUGAGGGGAGAGAAAGGAGAGCGGGGAGAGAAAGGUACACUGGGCCUCCCAGGACUGAAAGGUGACCCAGGUGAAAAGGGUGAAGCUGGUCCUGCAGGCCCCCCUGGAUUACCCGGAACCACAUCGCUGUUCACACCACACUCAAGGAUGCCAGGAGAACAAGGGCCAAAAGGAGAGAAGGGUGAUCCCGGCGUGCCUGGGGAACCGGGAUCCCAGGGCCAUCCUGGAGAACUGGGGCCUCGGGGACCCACUGGAGCGCCGGGUGCCAAGGGACAAGAAGGCCCACGUGGGGCACCUGGAACAGCUGGAAACCCUGGCAGUCCUGGAACUGCGGGCCCACCUGGUGCCGGCGGCCCCCCAGGAAGUGCGGGCUCCCCUGGCAUCAGAGGGCCCCCUGGGAAAGACGGGGAGCGUGGAGAGAAGGGAGCGGCAGGUGAAGAAGGGAGUCCAGGACCAGCUGGUCCCAGGGGUGAUCCCGGGGCUCCCGGGCUCCCUGGAGCACCUGGACAGGGAAAGGACGGAGAGCCGGGGCUUCGUGGGCCACCUGGAUUACCUGGACCUCUAGGAAUCAAGGGGGACCGAGGUGCACCUGGGAUCCCUGGCUCUCCUGGCAACCGUGGUGACCCAGGCAUCGGGGUGGAUGGCCCUCCUGGCCCUUCUGGACCACCAGGAGACAUAGGGCCCCCGGGAUCCCGAGGCUUACCUGGAUUCCCUGGCCCCCAGGGACCCGCCGGCCAGGAUGGCGUACCAGGAAAUCCAGGAGAAAGAGGGCCUCCUGGCAAGCCAGGCCCCGCUUCACUACUGUCUCCAGGGGACAUAAAUCUCUUUAAGGACAUAUGCAAUGACUGCCCUCCUGGCCCCCAGGGCCUCCCUGGUCUGCCAGGUUUUAAAGGGGACAAAGGUCUCCCAGGAAAGCCAGGGAGAGAAGGCACAGAAGGGAAAAAGGGAGAUGCUGGGCCCAGGGGCCUCCCAGGGCCUCCCGGAAUAGCCGGACCACAGGGAAGUAAAGGGGAACGUGGUGCAGAUGGUGAAAUUGGACAGAAAGGUGACCAGGGUCAUCCUGGAGUUCCUGGUUUCAUGGGGCCCCCAGGGAACCCUGGGCCACGGGGAGCAGACGGAAUUGCUGGAGCUGCUGGCCCUCCAGGAAUCCAAGGGCCGCCGGGGAAAGAAGGUCCUCCUGGCCCCCAAGGUCCAUCUGGAUUACCCGGAAUCCCAGGAGAAGAAGGGAAAGAGGGCAGAGAUGGAAAACCAGGUCCCCCCGGCGAGCCGGGCAAAAUGGGAGAGCCUGGUCUGCCAGGACUGGAGGGAGCCCGAGGCCCACCUGGCUUCAAAGGACGCACCGGCGACUCUGGCGCACCCGGUCCCCGGGGAGAGCCUGGUGCUAUGGGGCCCCCUGGCCGGGAAGGGUCACCCGGAAAAGAUGGUGAUUCUGGACCCACAGGGCCACAGGGUCCCCAAGGACUGAGGGGGCCCCCGGGUAAGAAUGGAUCACCGGGAUCUCCAGGAGACCCUGGCCCCACAGGAAGUCCUGGCCAGAAGGGGAACAAAGGAGACCAUGGCAACCCGGGACUCCCUGGCUUUCUGGGUCCCCGGGGGCCCCAGGGAGAGCCAGGAGAGAAGGGAGUCCCAGGCAAGGAGGGAGCCCCCGGGAAGCCCGGAGAGCCAGGAGCCAAAGGAGACAGGGGAGAUCCCGGGAACAAAGGUGACAAAGGACCUCCUGGUGGAAAGGGCCAGCCUGGGGACCCUGGAAUCCCUGGUCACAAAGGCUACACGGGCCUGAUGGGCCCCCAAGGACCUCCUGGGGAGAAUGGACUGGCUGGGCCCCCGGGGCCUCCGGGCCAGCCAGGAUUUCCAGGACUGAGGGGGGAGUCCCCCUCCAUGGACACCCUGCGACGGCUCAUCCAAGAAGAGCUAGAGAAACAGCUGGGAACCAGACUCGCCUACCUCCUGGCCCAGAGGCCCCCAGUGCAUGUGAAGUCGUCUCAAGGCCGACCCGGGCCCCCGGGGCCCCCUGGAAAAGAUGGGCUUCCGGGCCGGGCGGGCCCCAUCGGGGAGCCAGGACAGCCCGGGCAGGGGGGUCUGGAAGGACCCUCUGGACCAGUGGGUCCCAAAGGUGAGCGAGGAGCCAAAGGAGACCCAGGUGCACCUGGCGUUGGCCUCCGAGGCGAGAUGGGCCUGCCCGGCAUCCCAGGUCAACCCGGGGAACCUGGCUAUGCGAAAGACGGGCUCCCCGGGGCUCCCGGCCCUCAAGGGGAGACAGGACCAUCAGGACACCCUGGACCCCCAGGCCCACCCGGGCCCCCUGGCCAGUGUGACCCCUCCCAGUGUGCCUACUUCGCCAGCCUCGCUGUCCAGCCCGCUAACGUGAAGGGCCCCUAG